UCAAACACCUGCGGCCCAACACGGCAUACUCAGUUCCGAUGAGCGCCUGUAACCGAGCCGGCCAGGGUCCUGCCAGCUCGCCCGUCACCGCCACCACAGAGGAGGGAGUGCCGGAGGUGGCGCCGCGUCAGCUGACCUGCCGGGUCGUGUCACCCUCCUCCAUCGGUCUCAGCUGCCUGUGGCUGGCCGGCGGCGCGUGCUGGCGGCGCGAGGGCCAGUUCCCGGCCGACCUGGACGUGGCCGAGUUGUGCAGUCUGCUGCCGGUCACAGUCUACCAGCUGUUGAGUGUUAAUGGAAACAGACGACGCUGAGCUGGGGCCGGACGCAGCAGGCGACGGACGCUGUAGUGUGCUGGGCAAAAUAGUCCAAGAUGCUGGUAGCGGGUGAAAUACGCAGCUGCUCGUCGUCUCCAAGAGCGCCGCGGACGCCGUGGACUGCGCCAUCAAAGUCGACGGAAAGUCGGUUCCAGCAGCCGACCGUCUCAAACUACUCGGAGCUGUUGUGUUCGGGUAUAGGGGGUGUAGACUUGGACCGCCUCUGCGGCCCCACCUCUGUGUGCCUGGGAGCGCCCCUGCCGGCGCUCAGCUGUCCGUGCGCGCCAAGCGGCGUGAGUGGCGCACGGGACGAAAACUGACGCUCGCCAUACUUGUUUAGUUUUUGGAAGACUCUCUCGGCCCAUUCGCACCGGCAGUAAAUAAAUCGCGUUUCUCUUAAGCUCUCUCUCACUCGAACCGUGAAUUACGAAC